GCGUGCGGCGGCGGUGGCGGCGGCGGCUGCCCGCGCCCCUCCCCCGCGCGGCCCUCAGUGCCAGGCGGGAGGCGGCAUCGGUUAGAGGCUUCGCUGGGCUUUGCAGCGGGGACUUCGGCGGCGGCGCCUCAGGCAUCUCGGCCCUGACACAAUGAGGCGAGUGGUACGACAGAGCAAGUUUCGUCAUGUGUUUGGACAAGCGGUAAAAAACGACCAGUGUUAUGAUGACAUCCGGGUUUCUCGAGUGACCUGGGAUAGUUCCUUUUGCGCUGUCAAUCCCAGAUUUGUUGCCAUUAUCAUAGAAGCGAGUGGGGGAGGAGCGUUCCUUGUGCUCCCUUUGCACAAGACUGGUCGAAUUGACAAAUCCUACCCUACAGUAUGUGGCCACACAGGACCGGUGCUCGACAUAGACUGGUGCCCACAUAACGAUCAGGUCAUUGCCAGUGGCUCAGAAGACUGCACGGUGAUGGUGUGGCAGAUCCCAGAAAAUGGACUUACCCUUUCCCUGACCGAACCUGUGGUGAUUUUAGAAGGCCACUCGAAGAGAGUUGGCAUCGUGGCCUGGCAUCCGACUGCCCGCAAUGUCCUUCUUAGCGCAGGCUGUGAUAAUGCCAUCAUCAUCUGGAAUGUGGGGACAGGGGAAGCCCUUAUAAACUUGGAUGAUAUGCAUUCAGAUAUGAUUUACAACGUGAGCUGGAACCGGAAUGGCAGUCUGAUCUGCACAGCUUCCAAAGACAAGAAAGUGAGAGUAAUUGAUCCUAGGAAACAAGAGAUCGUUGCUGAGAAGGAGAAAGCACAUGAAGGAGCAAGACCCAUGAGAGCCAUCUUUCUGGCUGACGGGAAUGUCUUUACCACUGGUUUCAGCCGCAUGAGUGAGCGGCAGCUGGCUCUCUGGAAUCCGAAAAAUAUGCAGGAACCCAUUGCUCUUCAUGAAAUGGACACUAGCAAUGGGGUAUUGCUGCCCUUCUAUGACCCCGACACCAGUAUCAUUUACUUAUGUGGAAAGGGUGACAGCAGUAUCCGCUAUUUUGAGAUCACAGAUGAAUCCCCGUACGUCCACUACCUCAACACAUUCAGCAGCAAGGAGCCUCAGAGAGGGAUGGGCUACAUGCCCAAGAGGGGACUCGAUGUUAACAAAUGUGAGAUUGCCAGAUUCUUCAAACUUCAUGAGAGGAAGUGUGAGCCUAUUAUCAUGACUGUUCCCAGGAAGUCCGACCUUUUCCAAGAUGACCUGUAUCCUGACACAGCGGGGCCUGAAGCCGCACUGGAGGCAGAGGAGUGGUUUGAGGGGAAAAAUGCAGAUCCAGUCCUCAUCUCCUUAAAGCAUGGAUACAUUCCUGGCAAAAACCGGGAUCUCAAGGUGGUCAAGAAGAACAUUCUGGAUAGCAAGCCCACUGCAAAUAAGAAGUGCGACCUGAUCAGUGUCCCCAAGAAAACCCCAGACACGGCUAGUGUGCAAAACGAAGCCAAGUUGGAUGAGAUUUUAAAAGAGAUCAAAUCUAUAAAAGACACAAUCUGCAAUCAAGAUGAGCGCAUUUCCAAGUUAGAACAGCAGAUGGCGAAGAUCGCAGCCUGAAGGUCCACCCCCAACCCCCACAAUGGGAGCAGGAACCUGUGCUUGGUAGCUGGUUGUUGGCGUGGUCCCAGGGAGGGCGAAAGGGAGGCACUGCCAUUCGGAGACAUUCCGUGUCACAUUUGUCAACCAGCGAUAGGCCACAUUCCAGUAAGAACUCAAUUCGUCUCCCAAAUUUGCAGAAACAAAAUGUGAUUUAAAAGCUGAGCUUUUUAUCAGAAAGCUUUUUUGAUGUUUUAAGUGUUAUGUGACUUGUCGAACUUUUAAAAGACAAAAGUGCUACUUUUAAAAUCCCAGAUACUCUGAAUUUUAGAAAACCAACCAAUUCUGAUUCAGUGUCGUGCCCAAGUACCUUUUUUUUAUAAACAGGGACCAAUGCCACAUUGCUUUUUGUAUUUCUUUUUUUUUAAUGUUGCCAAAACCAAAAGUAGCUUUUUUCCCCCUUGUAUUUUGCUACUUUGCAGUAUUUGUGUGUGGUUUUUUUUUUCUUAAUUUGAAAGGGACAGCACUGUGUAUGUUUAUAAACUAAAUGAAGAUAUUAUUUUGUAUACACAUUCAUCUGAGAACAAUCAGAGCAGUAGCCACAUGGUGCUGGCUCGUUUGCAGCACAAACCUGGUCAUCCUCAUGACUACAGAAGGAAGACUUGAAAAAUCACGUGGGUUCUCAUCACCACCCUCUCCCUUAAUGGAGUCUCUGAUCAAAAAAGCUCCUAUUGUAUUGCUUCCUUUCUUUCCUUUCUCUUUUCUAGAAACUGGGUGGUUGUACCAGAAUGGAAUUUCACUUCUUGGUUAUCCUGUGCUUCAGAUGAUUAUAAUCUAACCUAAACUAGCAUGUGUUUCUGCAGUUUUGUUAUACACAUAGAAUCUAUUGCAUUAAUCACUUUAAACAUCAUGUUUCAGGUUUCGAUCAAUACUUGACAAGGGUGCAGGGGACAAGAAGCCACAGAAGCCACUGUGGAGUGCUCUCUCUUGCCCAUUCAGCAGCUUGCCUAGCUCUUGAGUACAGUAGGGGACUAAGACCUAGGGAAACUGAAGGGGAGUGCGUGCCCUCCCCCGCCCCCCAUGAUCCUCUGCUCUCCCGCACAUCCCAUGCUGUCCCUGUGCUGUGCUGGAGGCGGCAGCAGCUCUCCCUGCACCACCGGAGCCCCUGCCCUUCCCGUGGUCUCAUGGAUGCAGCCACCUCUCUCAGGGCUUCCCCAGCCAGUCCUUCUGUCCUCCCUGCCUUUCAGCCCUCCCCACGUUCAGCUAAGAGGAGGCUGGAGGGCACUAUUGAAUAUUGAGAGUGAGGAGAACGGUCUAGCAUAAUGCAAGACCAGGGGGUCAAGGCUCUGCUGCAGUGGUAAUGUGUACAGACCUGUCCCUUCGCGCGUUCUCCACACAAACCAACCUGCCGUGCCCCUCCAGCGCACACAGAGGCUCCCCAGACGCAGGGGCCAGCUACUGAGCUCUGAUGACCUGUUCCAUUCCUAAGUUAUCCUGAACUUCUCUCCCAUUUCCAUGUUCUCGUUUUGCAUGCUUGAGGAACAAGAUUUAAGGAAUCUCUGGGAAAGGCUGAGUGCGUGUGGUUGAAGACGAAACGUAUAGUGCCAGUGGGCCCACCCAGGGGCGCGCUCGUGCCUGUUCCUGCCUGUGUGGGAUGGGACUGGCGGGGAGCAUCUGUAACUGGGAGCCAGGAUAGAGGUGGAGUGUGGCGACAGUGGGUUGGAAUGCACGGCCGAGCUGGGGCUAAUGUCUGUGUAGGACAGGUACCGUGUUUUUACCCAGUAUGGGGAUUGCUGUCUCCACAACUUCUGAAUGUUUGAUGUGGUUUUGUGUGUGUGUGUGUGUGUGUGUGUGUGUGUGUGUGUAAUAUUGGAGUGGAUAAUGUGAUGUGAGGAAAACAAUAAUCACAGUGACUUAUACUCAAACCUGUACAUGUUUCUUUAUCAACGUAAUCUGCUGAGGACCUUCAUUUUUAAGAUUGAGAAAUGUUUUAAGGUUCUGAUACCAAAUUAAGUAAAGGAAACUGUUGAUGGUGGUGGAACACCAUAGCGAAUGGGUUCAAAGAGAAGACAGAGGGCAAGGAGAAAUCACCCUGAUCUUAGUGUGUAGCUUAUGACUUAUUUAAUGAACGGAUGCCCAGCCAGGCUUGGAGUCGGCGCCUGAAGCUUUGUGGAUUAUUCUUCCUGUUGUGUCUUUUCCUUUUUUUUUCCCCUUCUUUUUCUUUUUAAAGCCGUGCUAUCCCAGAGGAAAACCAGUGAAUUACUCCUAGAUCGGCUCUUAUAGAGCAGCCAUAGUAUUCUGUCAAAACACUUGCUUCCAUUUUCAAAGAUAAAAAGUCAUUGAUUACAAAA